CGAUUACUGGAAAAUGACGUUAUUUCAUCACUGUAAGUAGGUACCGAUAUGUUCAGGUUCAGCUCAAUUACGGUUUGAGUGUGUCUAUUGGAGUUGUUCAGGUGCUUUUUUCAUGAAAGGACAGAUGAAAAUUUUCGUACUUCUUUUACUCGGACCUUACGUAACCGGAACAAUCAAUUAUGCGAGAUAUGAAGUCCUCCGGACCAAACCUGUAACGUACCAAGAUUUAAAACUAAUGAAACAAUUCGUUGAAAUGGCACCACUCUCUAACUUUUGGACAGAUCCCAACCAUGUUGGCGACAUUGAUGUUAUGGUUCCACCGGAACUGAAGAGAGAAUUUAAGGAAUUUUUGAGUUCUAGAAAUAUUGAAUGGGAAGUACUCAUAGAAGACGUCCAAAAACUCAUGGAUAUUGAGAGAGGUCAUAGUAAUGCUCACAGAUCGGAAUUUGGAUGGACACGAUACGCUUCAUUGGCUCAAAUAGAAUCGUGGUUAUACAGUUUAGCGAAAAAAUACAAACAAGUUGAAAUAAUAAUAGCUGGCACCACAUUCGAAAGAAGAAAUAUCACAGGCGUUCGCCUAUCUUAUUCCUGGGUAAACCAACACAGAGCAAUUUUCAUUGAAGCGAACAUCCAUGCUAGAGAGUGGAUAAGUUCAGCAGUAGCGACUUUCAUUCUUAAUCAAUUGUUGACGAGUAAAGAUCCAGCAAUCCGAAAAGAAGCUGAAAGAUACGACUGGUACAUCAUUCCAGUUGCGAAUCCAGAUGGCUACGCUUUUACACAUGAGGAGGAUCGAAUGUGGCGUAAAACGAGAUCGAAAUACUUUUGGCCGUGCAGAGGAGCUGAUCCCAAUAGAAACUGGGACAACCACUGGUCAGAGCUUGCAAUUAGCGUAUUUCCUUGCAGUAAUGUUUAUCCAGGUCCAAAGCCCUUCUCAGAAAUUAGCACCAGAACAAUGUCCGAAUACAUCCGGACAAUUGGGAAUAAGUUACUUGCCUAUUUGAGUUUUCACUCUUACGGUCAAGUAUUGGGUAUACCGUACGCUCACAGUCCUGAACCACUAGACAAUUUUAAUCUAACUUAUAGUAUAGGACUUGAGGCCGUCAAAAGCUUGGAAAAGCGAUAUGGCACGAAGUAUAAGGUCGGAAAUAUAUAUCAGACAAUGUAUCCAUGCUCGGGAAUUUCACUGGACUGGGUGAAAGCCACAUUUAAAACGCCAUUAGUUUACUUGUAUGAAUUGGGGCAUGUGAAAAAGUAUGGAUUUCUUGUUCCUCCCGACCAUAUCAUUCCAACGGGCCAGGAAACGUUGGAUUCUAUAGUUACUAUCCUCCAAAAAUAUAGAGAAAAAAUGAGUUGGUUCUGGUAAUGAAAAAGCUGCCCACAUACAUAAAAAUAUAUAUUGAUGAAUGAAACAUAAUUUAUAAUUAAAAAUGAACAAGUUUUUAGUGGA